AUGUUCCAAUGUCAUAUCAACGUCGAAGUGUGCAACAGCAUCAAAGCAAUCAAGUACGUCAUCAAAUACGUAAGUAAAGGCACCGACAUGGCUGCGUUCGCUUUGACAAGAAACAAUCCUCGCGAUGAAGUUGACCUUUACCAAGCCGCUCGAUAUGUCAGCUGCAGCGAGGCGUGCUGGAGAUUGUUCGGCUUUAGCAUUCAUGAGCGUUAUCCUGCAGUUGUCACUCGUCAGGUUGCCGGAAAUCCGCCCAAAACAACCCUUACUGCAUAUUUUGAACUCUGCAAGUCCUACCGUACUCCUGAGUUUCGAGAUCCAACCCCUGAUGAAAAAUUCGUUCAAAGUCUUUUAUACGUCAACGUUCCAGAGUACUUCGUUUUCGAUAGCAGCAAAACCUGGAAGCCGAGAAGACAAGGGCGGGCAGUCACCGACGAGGACCAUCGACUAACAAACUUCAAGAGAUCUUCUGCAAUUGGUCGUGUCUACACCGUUCACCCGAAGCAAGACGAAUGCUUCUUCGUCCGCCUUCUCCUCCACACAGUAAAAGGAUGUUGUUCUUUUGGAGAUUUGCGAACAGUCAAUGGUGAAGUUAAACCGAUCUUUAAGGAAGCUUGCCGUUGCCUUGAUCUCCUUGAAGACGAUAGUCAUUGGAUAUCGGCUAUAGAAGAAGCAGCUGUAUACGCAAAUGCUUCCUCUCUUCGCACCCUUUUGCGUUACUACUCACUAACUGUCAUGUUUCCGAUCCUGUCACUAUCUGAAACAAUUGCAAAGAAUCUAUGA